AUGCGACCCCUUCCCGGCGAAGACGUCCACCCUGGACGUCCCACCCCGCGCGUCUCUGAUAACGACCUCCCCACUGCCUUCCAGCAUCCCUCCGGUCCGCAGAUGAGCUACUUUGUCGGCGACGAGUCCGCCAUAGAUGCUGCGAUGGAGCAGUCGUCUUGCCACUCCCACCGUGCUCGUGAGGCCCGAAAACACCAUGUCACCGACUCUACCGACUCCGGCGGGGGCUUAUCGGGCCUCGGCCGUGCCCGCGAUACGAGCGCCGCACCAAGCGGGAAGAGCCACAUCGAGACAGACAUGAGCUCCAUAGGCUCUGUGUCUCCGAGGUACCAGCACGCAGGGGCUUCUACAAUUGCUAGUCAGGCGGCAACUUCUCUACCCAUGACACCGGUCAUGCUCGGCGCCUCUGGCCCCGCCUCGGCGUUUAGUGAGAGCUCGUCACGGAGGAACUCCCUGUCCGGCUCGUUAUCCGAGGAGCUUGGGAGUCAAGCUCUGAGCAUCAAUGAAGAUCUAGAACCAGAGCCGUCGGCAAGCAUGAUGGACAGUGGUAGUGCUCCGCAGCUCAUCAUGCCGAGCAUCAAGAUGCCCAGUCGUCGGCCGUUCACGGAGGAAGGUAAGAGACUAGGGAGGCUCAAGGUGCUGAUCGCUGGUGACUCUGGCAUCGGCAAGACCUCCCUUGUGAAAGCUAUCGUGCAAUCAUGCGAGCAUAUCGUCCACGUGGACCCGAUCGCCCCUCAACAGAUGUCACUUGUCCCUCGUUCAAACUCGCGCAAGAGUAGAUCAAGGUCUUCCCGACCGGAGAACAUCACAGCCCAGAUAACCGAGAUAUAUGCAAGCACAAAACCGUACCCCGAGUGGUGGUCGGACUUGGAUGACUUCCGCGUUCUCGCCAGGAGGAAGAGCUUGGGCGAUACCGUUUUAGACAGGAACAUUUGCUUUGUUGAUACCCCUGGAUAUGGACACGCUUCCUCUUGCAUGGAGGCCAUCUCACCGGUUGUUCAAUAUGUUGAAUCGCAUUUCGAGCGAGUGUAUUCCAAUGCGUCAAGUGAUGCGGAGAUGCUAAACAUGCUUGGUGGUGAUGGAGGCUCGCAGGUGGACGUUGUCUUUUAUAUCAUAAGGAACACUGAUCACACCCUGCGAGAGGAGCGGCUGGCCCAAGUCAGACUGGCCAACUGGGCUUCUGAGCUCCAACGCAGUCUAGCGAAUGAGCGCUCUCGAUAUGAGCAACUUGCGCGUAGCGAGAGGGCCAUCUGGCUGACGGAGAAGCUCAACGAGUGCGUUCAGGAUGGAACACUGGUUGCAGUGGGCAAACGUAGCCCUAGCAACUCGCCUAUGCGCGAGAAGAUCAGGAGAAAGCUGGCAGGCGACCGCAUGCACUCAAGCACGACGAUGCGGCAUCAAGAUCCACUGGGCUUGCUUGAAGUCGCGGCAGAGCUGAAAUCCAAGGGCUGGGUGGCCUUGGAGCUGCUAGGGAGCCUGAGCGUCCUUGGUGGGCUCGCAUUUUGGAUGGCCAAGCAUUACUUCCACUUCCAAGCCUAUGACUAUGUCGUCGGAGAGUGGUACAGGUGGUGGUACGGAGAUCGUUGA